UGACUGGUUACCACGCCUGCCUCACAUUUCUAAAGUUCAAAUGGUUUCGAGCUACCUGCAUGAUAACUGUGUGUGCUUCCCACUCCUGCACGUGUUUUCUAAAAGUUCUCUGACUCCCAUAUAAAAAAUAAAUAAAUAAAUGCCGUGUUCAUUGAAGACUCUGAAUUGUCAUUAGAUGCUAACAGUUGUGUGUUUAUAUAAACCCUGCACUUGACCAGUGACCAGUCCAGAGUGUACCCUGCCCGUUGCCCAAAGUCACCUGGGAUAGGCGACAACUUAUCUGCAACCCUAAUGAACAGCAUAUCGAGAAUGGAUGGAUAUGUCGUCUACCACUAGCUUGAGAACGUACAGCGUCUAUACAAAUACAACAAACGACUAAAUAAAUGAUCUGCCAUCACUGGACACACAUCUGAGGAAUUAAUUAAUAACAACUAACUUCUCUCGGCUUGUCUCAGUCAUCAAACGUGGUCUGAUAAUGGUCUUUGUUGAAUUCACGUGGCAGGAAAAUGAUUGCCAAGCCUCUGAUUGCUGGUCUGGUGGUCUUUUUGGUGGUUGUUGCUGGCCUGUUCCUCUUCAUAUGCUUGGGGAAGAAAAACGUGACACCCGCUUCAGGCCACUUCUUCUUAAAGGCUGCUGUCGCUGCUGAUGCUGGAAAGUGUUCAGAAGUGGGAAGGGACAUUUUGAAGAAAAACGGUUCAGCGGUAGAUGCCUCUAUUGGUGCCUUGCUGUGUGUUGGCCUUUUAAAUGCACACAGCAUGGGCAUUGGAGGAGGGGUCUUCUUUGUCAUCUACAAUGCCUCUUCGGGGGGAGUAGAAACCAUUGAUGCAAGGGAGACAGCACCCAAGAACGCCACUCAGGACAUGUUUGGGAACAACUCACAGCUUUCUCGUACAGGUGGACUGUCCAUAGCCAUCCCCGGCGAGAUUCGCGGCUACGAGAUGGCACACAAGAGACAUGGCAGGCUGCCAUGGAGAGAGCUGUUUGAGCCAAGCAUUGCCCUGGCCCGUGAAGGCUUUCCAAUUGGAAAAGCCUUGGCUCAUGCCAUCUUAAAAAGCAAGGACUUCAUUCAAGGAAACGCUAACCUUUGCGACGUGUUUUGUGAUUCACAAAAAAACAUUCUCAGAGAAAAUGACAUUGUAAGAUUCCCAAAGCUGGCAGACACAUACCAGAGACUAGCAGAAGAGGGUCCUAACGUCUUCUACAAUGGCUCAAUGGCACAGAGACUCGUGGAUGACAUCCAGGCAUCAGGUGGGAUUAUCACCUUGGAUGAUUUUUUGGAGUACCACCCAGUACUGAAUGAAAAUCCUCUGAAGACGAGUAUUGGGGAAUACACCAUGUAUGUCCCAGAUGCCCCCUCCAGUGGCCCAGUGUUGGCACUCAUUCUCAACAUAGUGAACGGGUACAACUUCACAAACGCAAGUGUUUCCACACCUGAGAUGAAGACCCUAACGUAUCAUCGCAUCAUAGAGGCUUUCCGCUUUGCAUACGCCAAGAGGAGCAGACUUGGGGACCCGCGUUUUCUCAAUAUCACCGAUCUCAUCCGAAACAUGACAUCAACAUUUUUUGCUGAAGGCAUCAGGAAGAAAAUUAUAGACGAUACCACUCAUCCAGACAUUUACUACGAGCCGGAUUAUUUUGUCCCAGACAGCCACGGAACAGCUCAUCUGUCGGUGAUAGCUGAAGAUGGAAGCGCCGUGGCAGCCACCAGCACUAUUAAUCUAUACUUUGGGUCCAAAGUCAUGUCUCGAUCAACUGGAAUCAUCUUCAAUGAUGAAAUGGAUGACUUCGGCUCUCCAUACAUAACCAACGGCUUUGGAAUCCCUCCCUCACCUAACAACUUCAUCCAACCAGGAAAGAGGCCUCUGUCUUCCAUGUCUCCCACAAUAAUCUUUGAUAAAGACAAAAGAGUCAAAAUGGUUGUUGGAGCAUCUGGAGGUACAAAAAUUACCACAGCUACUGCUUUGGUCAUCUUGAACUCUUUGUUCUUUAAGUACAACUUAAGGAAAGCGGUGACCGAGCCGCGAGUGCACAAUCAGCUCAAUCCAAAUAUGACGGUAGUGGAGCAAGAUUUUGAAAAGAGAAUCCUAGAAGGCCUAAACUGGAAGAACCAUGUCACAGAGCUGCAGAGCGAUCCAGAUUCUGUGGUUCAGGUGGUGAUGCGACAGGGAGAGCAUCUCUGUGCAGAAUCGGACCCCAGGAAAGGAGGAUACCCUGCUGGAUACUAAAUGUGGUUCCAGACUUCCUCAAAAUUACACAAGGGAUAAUUUGGCUUGUGAGACAAACACUAAAUAUCCAGCAUUGCUGCUUUCUGUUUUUGUUUUUUUCUUUUGAACUUUGUUCCGUGAAGUAAGAAGUUACAUCUGUUCUGAAAUGUCUCUUCUCAACACGCACUGAUGUUAUUCAGCCCUGAAGACAGACUAAUAAUGUUUUCAAUAUUUGACCGCUGUUUGAGUAAAACUGACUUGAUUUGGACAGUAUCCAAAUCCAUGUAAAUGAGUUAAAAUCUGUCUUUUUAAAAUACACAUCACAAAUCCCGAUAAUGUAAAAUACAGUGACACAAUAUGCUCCAAGUUGAAACGUGAGUUGUGAGAGUUGUGGUGAAAAUAACUGACACUGAAUCUUAAUUCAAGUGUUUCAAAAAACGUUUUUAGCCAUUGAAUACUACAAUUGGUGAUAAGAAAUCAGACUUGCAAGCAGCUGCUCUUCAUAAAAGACACCUCAGAUUUUUUCCUGUUAAAUGUCUGUCAUUAUCUUCCUUCUUAUCUGUGAUGUCAUCCCGAUUGUCUGAAGACAAAUGACCAUGUCGUUUCUUUACCACAAGCAGAAGCAUUAGAUUAUUACUUUACAAUAAAUUGUACAUGUAUUAUAGAAAAUAGCUGUGAAGUUUAUGUUUUGUUAAUUCUGAAAACACCUGUACAAACUGUAUAUUUUUCUAAACCAUUGUUUUUUUUCUCU